AUGCCAGGCCCAGACACAGUACCUCCUACUGCGGCGGUGGAUCGGGUGGCGGUUCGCAUCCCGCCGUUCUGGUCCGCAGAUCCCGAGAUGUGGUUCGCGCAAGUCGAAAACCAGUUCACGAUUGCAGGAAUAACCGCAGACAGUACGAAAUUUCAUUACGUGGCGGGCAACCUGGACUCCCGUUAUGCUACCGAGGUGCGCGACAUCCUCAUGCAACCGCCAGCCACGGGCAAAUAUGAGAAACUGAGAACGGAGCUGGUCAAGAGGCUAAGUGCUUCGCAAGCGAGGAAAACUAAGCAGCUGCUGGAGACCGAAGAGAUGGGCGAUCGGCGUCCAUCCCAGUUCCUCCGACACCUCCGCGGCCUGGCAGGGACAGCUAUCCCAGAUGACCUCCUGCGAUCCUUAUGGCUGGGUCGGCUCCCAUCGCCUACCCAAGCGAUUCUGGCCACGCAGACUAACGCAUCAUUGGAUGCGUUGGCCGACCUGGCCGAUGCCAUUGCAGAUACCAACUUCCAGCUGCAGGCGGCUGCAGUGUCCUCCAUGGAGGCGAUAGUGGACAAGAUGGCGGCCCUGAUGUCCGCGAAGAUCGGGGAAAUGGCCGCGAUAUUGCGGCAAGAGAUCGCAGCAGUUGCCACCAGCAGUGCGCAGCGCAGGAGUCGCUCGGACAGCUCGCCGCCCGCGGGAUACCGCUCCCGCUCCCGCAGUAAGGGCCCGCCAGGAGCCUGCUGGUACCAUCGCCGUUUCGGGGACGCAGCCCACAGGUGCACCACGCCCUGUACGUACCAGACGGGAAACGACAAGUGGACGCGUUGA